UGUCAAUUUAACAAAUACCAAGAUAAAGAAGCCUACAAAAAGUGACUCUAAGUAAUUAAUUGUAGCAAACAUGGCUCCAAAAGCAGGACCAUCUAAUAAAGAUGGUAAUAUUGUGCCAGAUUAUAUUAUAGCUAUCAAUGAAGAAAAUCUCCCACAAAUAAAACUCUACUUAAAUAACUUAUCAAUGCUUGGAUUAACAUUUGAAAAUGAGAAAGGACAGACAGUAGACCUUAUUUUUAUAAAACUGUUUAUAUCGGAUGCCGCUCUGAAACACUUUUCCGAGUUAUAUGAAAUUGGACAUGAAACUUCCACUGUCACAUCCGUGUUUUAUACAGAAGAUAUUUUUGCAUCCCCUUUUAAGAACCCUGUAGCAGAUAAUAAACCUCUAAUCAAAGGUCAAGUCACGCCUGCAGAAAAAAUAACUAUUGUUAAUAAAGUUUUGGAAAACGCAAAAUAUGGGGAUGAAGAUCAUGAAUUUGGAAUUUCUAAAUUAAUUUCUUUGAAAAUUGUCACUGAUGCUUAUCCUUUGCAUGAUGGACCACUCGGGGAUAUUGGGACUAACACAAGAUCUCAACUACUACACUAUUGGUCCAAUGUUUCGGUAGCUCAUAUGCAACAGCCUCUGGACAUGAUUUUUAGAUAUUUUGGAACAGAGGUAGCCUUCUAUUUUGCCUGGCUCGAGUAUUUUAAUAUCAUGCUUGGUAUUCCUGCAAUACUCGGAGGACUUACGUUUUUUAUUAGUUUUAUUUAUUUGCUGUAUUUCGAGCCUGUAGACGUAAAAGAGUUAUGUUCCUCAAAAGAAUACCUUUGCCCAUUAUGCGAAGGGAGAAAAGGGUGCAAGUUUCUGCAAAUAAAAACCACGUGCAAUUUAGCGCAUUGGAGUUUUAUAUUUGAUAAUGAAUUUACUAUCGCCUUUGCAGUUUUUAUUUCAUUUUGGGCUACACUAUUUAUCACUUUGUGGAAACGAAAGGAAAGCAAGCUGAAAUUAAGAUGGAAUUGCCUAGAUGAUAUUCGCGAAGUUCAAAUAAGGCAAGCAUAUCUAGCUAAAGCAACAAAGCUUCAUGUAAAUAGAAUAACAGGAGAGGUUGAACGAUAUGUGCCACGAGCUCACGUCAUAUUUAAAUACACUGUGACCAUCUGCUCAUUUAUAUUUCUGGUAUUACUAUGCAUCAUUAUUGUUUUGUUAAACAUGGUUGCUAAGAUAACAGUUAUGAGAUUCGCACUGGCAAGCGAGUCAUCGUAUUUUCGAAGACAGGCAAAACUAAUAACAAUGGUGUUUGGAUCCAUAGUACAAGUCAUAUGUAUUAAACUGUUUCAAAUGGCGUUUUAUAAGCCAGCUGCUGCAAAAUUAACAGAAUUUGAAAAUCCCAGAACACAACUUGAUUUCGACAAUUCAGUACUAUAUAAAAGUUAUCUAAUCGCGUUUUUGAACAACUAUGUAGCCCUAAUAUAUCUGUCAUUUUUUAAGGGCCAGUUUGUUAUAGCACCUCAUAAUAUGACUUUUAUUAGAAGAGAUUGCUGUCAGCCGACCAAUUGCUCGGUUGCUUUGGGGUUGCAGAUAGCAUUUAUGAUGACCAUAAAAACAUUGCUGGGAAAUGUGUUUGUCCUGGUGUAUCCAAUCUUAAAAGGAAUUACUCGACUCUUUAAAAGAAUAUGCGGAAAGAAAAAAGAUAAAAAAGUUGAUGUAGUAACUUUGCCUCAAUGGGAAGAAGAAUUUUUCUUAGAGCCACUUUUUCGAUUUUCUGUUACCUCGGAGUUUUCGGAAAUGAUUAUUAGGUAUGGAAUGGUAUCCUUUUUUUCGAAAGCCUUUCCAAUUGGUGCCCUCUGCGCUUUGCUGAAUAAUUUAAUCGAACUUAGGACAGAUGCCUAUAAAUUUGUUAAGUCGCACAGAAGACCAGUCCCUAUACCAAAAUCCGGAAUUGGUGCUUGGAAUGGAAUUCUACGUAGCUUGAGUUACUUUGGAGUGGCUAUGAACGCAUUUGUGAUAGCAUUUAAUAGUGAUUGGGUUCCAAAAGAAAUUCAUCGGUUAUCCCAUGGUCGCUCUUUGGCUGGGUAUUUAAAUACCACGUUAUCAAAAUAUGCAACCAAAGACUAUCCAAUGUAUAAACAUGUAAAAAAUUAUCAAGAAUAUUGCUACUUUAGAGGAUAUUAUAAACCACCAGAGGACAGCGAAAAAUACAAGCAAUCAUCCGAUUAUUAUAGGAUAUUAACAUUUAGAUUAAUAGCUAUUUUUGUGUUUGAGCAUAUCAUUUUAGUGUGUAACACAGUACUAGCCUACAUCAUCCCUUACAAGCCUGAAUCCGUAGAGCUACAGCUUGAUUUGGAAAGGCAAAAGGCCAAACAGGAUCGUCUGGAAGAAUGUGAAAAGAAAAUGAAACAGAAAGCAGCUAACAAAGAUUUGGACCUUACAAAAAGUUUGCGAGGACUUCACUAUUAACAAUUUUACCAAAAAGAAAAAGAUUUUUUAAGAUACUAUUGUUUUAUAAAUAAAUGUACGAAUUUUUAAUAAAUUGAGAUACUGAAAUAAA